GUGGGAGGGGCAGGAGUUGGUGUGGUUGCAACCUGCAAAGGUGCUGAGAUUGCACUGGCAAUGGCAACGUUCCUACCACAGAUUAAAGCCACAGUUUGCAUUAACGGGACCAAUGCCAUCCACGGGACUGCGCUGCGUUACCGUGAUCUCCACAUCAGUCCAAUACCUUCCAAAUUUGAGUGUGUGCGGCUCACACCCCUGGGGCUGCUCUCUUUCUUCAGUGUCAUUGGGGACACUCGAGCAGAGGCAAAUCAAGAUAGCAUCAUCCCUGUUGAAAAGGCCCAGGGUCAGCUCCUCUUGGUCGUGGGAGAAAGUGACCAGAACCACAACAGCAAAGCAUAUGCUGAGGAAGUGAUGGAGAGGAUGAGGAGACAUGGGAGAAAGAACUGCACUCUGCUGUCUUAUCCAGGCGCCGGCCACCUGAUAGAGCCCCCGGGGUCCCCGUUCUGCCCCUGCUCAUGGAACCCCUUUUUCGUCUUGCCCUUGAUGUGGGGAGGCGAAGCCCAACCCCAUGCCGCCGCACAGGAACAUUCUUGGAGAGAGAUCCAAAAAUUCCUUUGGCACCACCUGUGCCCAAAAGGAAGCAGCAAACUCUGA